CAAUGAAAGACAAACCUUCUUUUUUCUCGGUCAUCUCUGCAUACACCCAAUCAUUCAUCAUGAGAAAGGUCAACAGCCUCUCAAAAGUGCUAGCCGAUCUCACCACUCAACAUGGAGCACAACCUUUAUCGCCUGCCUUGCGAAGAAUUGAAAUCGAAAAGAUACCCUCUUCAGGAGCACAUGCUUCACAUAGAGCAUUUGUCAAGAAAGUGUUGCCAAGAAUAAAGUUUAACAACCAAGCUUUGGAGAUCGAUGUGCGAUGGAUUGAAGGUGUUGCAGAAAAGAAUAAAAAGUCAUCAAGGCAAUCAUCCGAAACAAGUGAAGCAGCACAGACAUCUGAAGGAUCUUCGGAAACAACUACUUCAUCCCAACAGCCCAAGAUGCCAGUAAGAGCGAGAUUACUCUUUGAUGGUUUACCAACACGUGAGAUCAACCUACGAAGGGAUGCCAACGUCAACGAGAUAACCAAUGAAAUCUUUCAAGCAGUCAGAGAGACUACUGAGAUCUCUGAGCCUGUCCAACCUUCUAAUUAGGCGGCUGUCAUUGAUUCGGGAUUCCCUCGCUAUUGUACACAAGAUCAUUGUACCUCGUUAUAUUGUAAUAUAAAUCUAAUAGAUUGAUUUCAAAUCUGCUC